AUGUGGUACCGCUACUACGUGAUCCACAAGCUCCGGCAGCUCAAGUUCCUCGACUCCCGCGCCGUGACCAGCGCCGAGCGGGCCGAGGCUCGGCGCGUGGGCGCCUUCAUGCGGGUCGCCCGACCGCCGCUACACGUCGGGGGAUCGGUGCCCUGGGCCGACGGCGGCUCGGACUCGGAGGCGGACGCCUACCGGUACACGCCGCUGCCGCCGAUACCCACGCACGGCAUCGGCCGGCAGCGCAAGACCGUCUACGGCAUGCUCAAGUACAAGUACACCGGCAAGCACUCCGAAGGGAACCGCUUCAUCCGCAACGAAGAGCUCUGA